AUGCAUCUCUCCAAGGAUGUAGUCGAGCCGGCCGUCGUCGUCGGCAUAUUCACAGCAGGAGCACUCGCCAGUCGACGUCGGGGAAGGGCAAGGCUCUAUCCCAAGAAGGCGGAUGUCGACGCGGAGGACGGUCACGUCUCCCGGGGGGACACGCCUGCCAAACCCCCCCUUCACCUGCUGGCACGUUUCUGGACAAAGUUUCCCUUCCUGGAGGAGAUAUGGUAUUGGCUCUUGACGGUCUACCAGCUCCUCCGCGCCCUCUCCGCCAGGAUGAUAGCAGGCGACCAAGCCGUCUUCGACACGGCGCGCCGGCACGCCCUCCAGGUCCUCCACCUCGAGAGCCUGCUGCACAUCGACGUUGAGCGGUCCUUCCAGGAGGCCAUCCUCACCCGCCACGCCUGGCUCGUCCCCUUCCUCGCCCAGAUCUACUACGCCCACAUCAGCGUGGGCGUCUGCUUCCUGGCCUACUCCUACACCUACUGUCCGCGGGACGCCUACGUGCGCGUGCGCCGCACCCUGGCCCUCGACAACGCCGUCGCCUUCGUCGUCCUCACCCUCUGGAGGUGCUCCCCCCCGAGACUCCUGCCGGCCGAGUACGGCUUCGUCGACGUCCUCCACGGCGGCAUGGCCAGCAUGCCCGGCGCCGGCGCCGGCGAUGCCCCCGGCGUGGGCGGCAGCGCCUGGACCAACAACCGCUUCCAGCUGACCAUUGCCGCCAUGCCGAGCCUGCACUUCGGCACCUCGCUCCUCCUCGGACUCUGGCUGUCGCGCUACUCCCCCCACCCUGCCGUGCGCGUCCUCGCCCUCCUGUGGCCGGCCGCCAUGCUGCCCACCAUCGUCGCCACCGCCAACCACUUCGUCACCGAUGCCUUCGUCGGCGCGCUCAUCCCCUGCUUCGGCUGGCGCUAUGCUCACCUCCUGGCGCGGUUGGCCCCGCUGCAGGAUCGUCUCUUCAGGCCUGUCCGCGUCGCCAUCGGUCUCGAGGCCGAAUACCACGAUGGGAAGGGGAACACCCUGGACUGA